AUGUUCUCAGUUUUGGAAAAUCAAGGUUUGUCCCUCCCAUUAUCUGCCAUCAAAACUCUGGCGGAGACUAAUUAUGAAGAUUGGUAUGAGUCUCUCACUAUCAAUUUAACUAUCAUAAAUCUUGAUUUGGCGUUGAGGGUUGAGGCACUUGCUGCACUUAUUGAGAAAAGUUUCGCUGAAGAAAAGACCUACUACGAACGUUGGGGGCAUUCUAAUAGGACUUAUCUUAUGAUCAUGAAGUACACCAUUGACAAGUCUAUUAGGCAGAGUAUUACUUGUACUGAUAGUGUUAAGGAUUUUUUGGCUGCUGUUGGGGAUAAGUUUACUAAGUUCGACAAAGCAGAGAAGGGAACUUUCAUGAAAUUACUUACCACUACCACUUAUGAUGGUGUUAGUGGAGUUCGUGAGCAUAUUAUGAAGCUCACUCGUUUCUUCAACAAGUUGAGGCAAAUGAAGGUUGAGCUAGCAUACAGUUUUCUUGUGUGGCAAGUGUUGGAGUCAUUACCAUCUCUAUUUGAUGCCCUCAAGACCACCUACAAUGCUCAAAGAGAUUAA